GUGAGUAAUUUUAAUUGCUAUAUAAGCUGGCUAUUUGUUCAAUCAGUCGUUGACUUAACUUGAACUAUGGACACUAAACAACUUUUGAUGUGCAUUUUGGUAUUGGCACUCCUAGAAGUGAUCAACGCGCACAAGCCGAAUCAAAAAACUGGCCUACGCUGCGACAAGUGCAAAGGAACGAAAUGCCCUCUCCUCCGCGCUGAUCGGGUCUGCGAUGGAUUCUCAGACUGCGAUGAUGGGGCGGACGAGUUCAAUUGUCCGACAAAGCCGUGUUCGACAGAAGCCCCUACGACAACCUUUAGGACAACCCAAACGACAACCCGUUAAGACCCAUACAACAACCCCUACAACAACCCCUACAACAACCCGUACAACAACCCUUACGACAACCUUUUGGACAACCACUUGGCCAUGGCCAGGUUAAAACAGCUACUUCUGUCACUCCAGUGACAAUUACUAUGGAUAUUCCUUAAAACAACUUCCAGACUAAAAAUCGACUGCUUCAGAACAUAAUCAUUACUUUUUUAGACUUAUAAAAACAA